GAGAACAAUAGCAGACGUCACAGUUCAUUUUUUGUGAUUGUACACUCUGUUCCCAAGGUGAAACGUACAUCUAAAUCUGUUUUAGUGAUUCAAUCAUGUUCUUUGUAUCUUUUGGAUAACGAAGAGACACCAAACAACACAUCAAACAGCACCAGCAUGUGUGAAGGACCCUCAAUGAUCUCUGGUCCCAUUCCACCAGAUCCCACACUGUUUCCUGAAUACUACAAACGCCCGUCCUCCGCUCGUGGUCGACUGGAGGGAAACACUGAGAAUGGGUCGUCAACUCUUCUAAAAGGUCCAUUAGCUCCAGAUCCAGUUCUGUUUCCUGGGUGCUACAGUGCUCGGUCGACUCCUCGACCUCGGAUUGGUCCCAAUGCCGCUCACAUCCUAGAGAGAGGCCAGAGGGGGGUUGUGGGAAACCUACUGAAAUUGGAGGGAGUAUCGCUAAACCCCAAUCCAACCAAACCAAAGCCUGCUGCACGUGACUUUGGUAAAGAGAACGUCCGCAAGUUACGUGAAAUCCAAAGACGCUUUCGAGAGCUGGAGGCACAGAGAGAACAUGCCAAGCCCGUGCCAGUUAAAGCUCUUUGGAUCUCUCCAAAAUAUCAAGACGUCCCCUCCAGGGUGAUGGCCCAGUUGCAGGAGAUGAGUCCCCCUGAGAAAACUGAAUGUCAGAACUUCCUGAAAGCUCAUUCUUUAUGUGGUCGGCCGCAGCUUUCCCGCUCAGAUAUUGGACAGGCACCAGGCACUGCUGCAGACUCUGAUUCUGAAAUGGAGGUGAGAGGACGCACGGUGGACUUUGUGAGUCAUAACGCUCGUGCCGUGAGAAAGACGACCCUACGGCGAUCUCAGUCCUUACAGAACCUCCGGGAGAAAACGCCACCCAGUGCUGUGAAGGGCAAAGUACCACAAUAUCUGGAGCAGAGGAAGGAACAUUGGAAGAAAGAGGCGGAAGAGAGACGGAAAAACACGCCUGAUCCAUCCAUCCCUGAUGGACACACACAGAUGUCUGAAAGAGAGAGACAGGAAACACUGCAGUCGCUCAAAGAGACUCACAGGUCUCUGGUGAAUGAGCUGCUCUCUCUCCCGGUGAAAUCAGACACACUAAGUAUUCGCUCGCGACGUGCAGAACUUGAUCAGCGUCUCUCAGAAGUCGAGGAGGCCAUCAAAAUCUUCUCACGUGACAAAGUCUACGUGAAAAUCAACUCUUAGAUCACUCCUAUCAGACUGUUUCUUCUACUGUAUAUUGCUCAGUUAGUAGUAUGCUUUUGCAUUAGUUUUGUUUAAUUAAUUUGAAGUGAUGUAUCACAACCUGCUCUUAUUUUUUUCUUGUCAUGGACACUGUAAAUCGGAGGUGUGUUAUGAAAUAUAACACAUUAAUGGCAGAAAUUAAUGAUUUAUUUUUGAUUAUCAGCUUAUUCUGUCGGAAUCGUUGGAUUUGUUUGAUGUGACUUUGGAGGGAAUUUGUACUUUUGGAGAUUUUCCACAUAUUGCAGAUGGGUAAUUUUUCAAUUGCGGUGGCAGAUGCCAUUACUCACUUUUAGAUAGAAAUAAAUCAACUGCAAUGUACACAAUUUAUUUAGAAAACCGUAUAUGUUUCAAAAGACUUUUAAUUUGUAACAGAUGAGUAGAUGAGUGCAAGUGAGUAGAGAUGUUUUUUUUUAUUUAAAAAAAAGUAAUAAAAAUAGAAUAAAAUAAAAAUUACGUUAAAAUUAAAAAUAAAAAUGUUGUAAAAUAUUUCUAUGUAAAUUAAAUAAUUAAUUAACCCUUUAAGCUCGGAUGGGCCCGCCGAGAAUUUUUUUUUCUUCAAUACAGUAUGUUAAUAACUAAAGUAUUGGCCAACACAAAAUAGGUAUCGUUUGAAAGUUUAGAAGCUCUACCUUCCAAUGCAUGUACACAUUAUGACCAAAACUGAACAAGUGCUUUGAAAUUUGCAGACAAAUCAGAAGUGUUCCAUUUUGAAUAUUUAUAUGAAAACAUGGCACUGUACAUAUUAUUGUAAUCAGUAAAAACAUCAAACUGAUCAAAUAUCCAUGUGUCAUAUGUUGUUGGAAAGCUCUCAAAGAGUAGAAUACAACCGCCUAUUUGUUUUACUCACAGACAAAAAUAUAGUGAGUAAUAGCUAAGUAUAUGUCUUUGACAAUUAUAUUGGUGUUGCUUAUAUGCCGCGUUUUCGCUUAUAACUUAAUGAAAAAUAAACGUAACAAAAUAUCACAUAUCAUUACUUAGAGGAGGUGAUUGUCUUUCAAGUGAGCCCACACACAAGGUAAUCGGAUGCAUAGAUCAUUAGAUAAUCCACAUGAAGCACAAUGUUACAUAUGACCACCAGGAGAUGGUGCCAAAUACAUGACACAGACUCAAUGAUGACUCAAAUGGCACAGAAUGAAACUCAUUCUGUGAAAUCUCAUUACUAAAAUCAUGUCUGCAUGCUAUGCAAACCUUUAGUCGUUGUGUUUGCAUGUGUAGUUAGUUCUUAUGUACAAUUAUUAUGUUUUAUUUGUUUGGAGAGGCUUUUAGACACUAUGAUAAAUUAUUUUUGUAAUGUUAUAAUUUUUGAUUGCUUUGUCGUAUCAACACCAAAAAAAAUUUUGGAUACAGUUGACAUUUUUGGGAACAAACCAAAUGCAGUUUUUCAGAACCGCCUUAUUUACACCCAGAGAAAUAUUUUGAAAAAUUUUUUUUUUAAGUUUCUUAGGCUGUGAGUCUAUUUUUUAAAUAUAUAUAUAUAUAUAUAUAUAUAUAUAUAUAUAUACACACACAUUUUCUUUACAAUGACACCAAACACUUGACCCUCUUUGUAUUUUUAUAGAGUUAUAAGCCUUUUUGGGUGUGCCACUAAAACAGGAAAUCUUUAAAAACACACUCAGAGCUUAAAGUGUUAAUAAUUUACAUAAAAACAGUUGUUACUUAUUUUAAUGUCAGUGUUGUUUAUGCAAUGUAAAAACAUCUGCAUGACUUUUAUAAAAAACACUUUCUUUUUUUAACUUCCUUGGGUUGUGUUGUGAGGGGGUAGCCACUGACCAAACAGUGGUGUUACUGGUUCCCAUUAUUUUUAGAUACAGUUGGAGGAAUACCACUGACAAAAGUGCAUGCCAGCCAAUGGCAAAUAAACUUUUUUUUUUUAUUCUAAGUUUAUAUUUCAAUUGUAGAAAGAAAAGAAAAUGUUAUAGCAUUGUAUGUUUACUGGAUGAUUAAUUAUGAGUUUCAUAAUUGUACUGUAUGCGUUUCAUUUUUGAAAAUGUUUAAGAUGAAAGUGGCACCACAAUUGUAGAAUAACUCACAAACAACAUUGAAAUGAAAGUAUUGUCACUGCCACAUACAGUAAUAAUUGCUGAAUGUAUAUUAUGGCACUUGUGCUAACCCUCAAAUUAAUUAUACUGCAGUUGUUUAUUAUAGUAUGAUUAGGAUAGUUUUAAAUUGUUUUUGAUGUAUUAUUAUAAUGAAUUUCAGUAUUACAGUACUGAAAAGUUAAUGGUAUUUGUUUUGAAUGUGAGGUAACAUUAAAUAUGCUGUUUUAAAGAGUAACACUGAAAAACACAAAACUAUUGUUUUAUCAUUUCAAACCUAACACACUUUGUGAAAUGUUUUGCUUGUAAAGUGGGCUUGUGAUACAUUUAUUUUAAAAUAAAUUACA